UGGGUUUCGGCGAGUACUGCAGAAAGUACCGAUGUAAGAAGUACUGAUGGUACCUGCGAGGCCAAAGUCGACAUUUCUCUGCAGAUUAACUUUCUGGACUUAAAAUGAGGACAAAAGGUUCAAGAUUGAUUGACUUUUUCCCGCUGCUUUUUUUCGCCGUCUCAGGAUCCUACCCUACAGCCCGGAACGUCACCUGGGAAUCCACAAACUUUAAAACCAUUCUGAGCUGGCAGCCCCUCCCGAGCCACUACUCCUACACUGUGGAGUUCUCAGUGCUUGGCAGGAGCAAAGAGAGGAACAGAAACUGCAUCCGUACUUCAACACGUACGUGUGAUCUGACAUAUUCUCUGAUGGACGUCAAGGCUUGCUAUGUGGCCUACAUCCUGUCUGAACCCCCCCUGGGAGUCACGUCUGACCUCACCGAGUUCCCCUACACCAAAUCGUCAACAUUCUGUCCCUACCAGGACACUGAUAUUGGCAGAGUGGAGUUCAAGCUGGAGGUGAGCAAGGACAAGAAGACGACCUGGUUGAUGGUGACGGACCCGCUGACUGCUUUGUUUCAAGAUGAUCAGCAGCUGAGCAUCAGGGACAUUUUUUCGGAGAAGUUAGAGUACAAAGUUACUUAUCGUAGGAACAAGAGCACUGGCAAGAAAGUCUACAUCUCAAAGAGCAACGUGAUGGAGAUACCGGAUCUGGAUCACGAGGAAAGCUACUGUUUUACGGUUCAGGCCUUCAUUCCAAGCCGCAGGACGGACAAACAGCUGGGAAAGCCCAGCCAAACGCAGUGCUCUGAGGACCACAAACACAGCAUCCUUGAAGUGUAUUCAGUGGGCGUGAUUGCAGGUGGCAUCCUCCUCGUUUUGCUGCUGAUGGCUGUCAUCACCGUGGUAACGACGGUGUGCUGCAGGCGGAGGAAGAAACGUGAGAAAAGUGAAAAAGAAGGGGUUCCACUACAGAGUGUCUAAUGUCACCCACAAAAAGUUCAUUUCCUUAGACAGGAAUGAAGAGUAGUUUCUGUGAAACCGCCUGUGAAUAUUGUCCUUCAUCAGGUCAUUCAGCGGCCUCUUUUUGUCUGACAGUGUCCUUCUCAGGCAGGAAGAAUGUUGGCCAUUCCCGACACUGAGCUAAUAUCAGCAUGACAAAGCAAAAGGACCAAAAGACACAGAAUCAACAAUUGUACAUAUAAAAAAAGCCUUGUUGACCUUUGCCACACUGUGUUAAAAAGAUGAAUGCAGAUUCGGGCUGUCACCAGACACCCAACUCACCAGCCAAGACGAAGCACCAGAUUGACGGCAUCGCUCCACUUGUCCCACUACACGUCUGUGUAGUUCUAGUUUGGACACAACAAGACACUUUGACACGUUCAACUUCCGACUGAAGGUGAUGUGAUGUUGACACCUUGCUACUGAGAAGGCGAUGUGAUGUGGACACGUUCACCUUACUACUGAGAAGGUGAUGUGAUGUUGACACCUUGCUACUGAGAAGGCGAUGUGAUGUGGACACGUUCACCUUACUACUGAGAAGGCGACGUGAUGUGGACACGUUCACCUUGCUACUGAGAAGGUGAUGUGAUGUGGACACGUUCACCUUGCUACUGAGAAGGUGAUGUGAUGUGGACACGUUCACCUUGCUACUGAGAAGGCGACGUGAUGUGGACACGUUCACCCUACUACUGAGAAGGUGAUGUGAUGUGGACACGUUCACCUUGCUACUGAGAAGGUGAUGUGAUGUGGACACGUUCACCUUGCUACUGAGAAGGCGACGUGAUGUGGACACGUUCACCUUACUACUGAGAAGGUGAUGUGAUGUGGACACGUUCACCUUGCUACUGAGAAGGUGAUGUGAUGUGGACACGUUCACCUUGCUACUGAGAAGGUGAUGUGAUGUGGACACGUUCACCUUGCUACUGAGAAGGCGACGUGAUGUGGACACGUUCACCCUACUACUGAGAAGGUGAUGUGAUGUGGACACGUUCACCUUACUACUGAGAAGGCGAUGUGAUGUGGACACGUUCACCUUACUACUGAGAAGGCGAUGUGAUGUGGACACGUUCACCUUACUACUGAGAAGGUGAUGUGAUGUGGACACGUUCACCUUACUACUGAGAAGGUGAUGUGGACACGUUCACCUUGCUACGGAGAGACCGACGUGAUGUUGACACUUUCACCUUCUGAUUGAAGGUGAUGUUGGAAGCAACAAAGAGUGAUAAGAUAAGCUGGUCAGGCAAAGCACGUACUUUCAUGUACGGCACGCAUAGCUGAAAAGAUAUUUGAAAGAUUGAGGUGAUGGUGAUAUUGGAUAUAAGAUCCAAGAGAAAAAUUCCUGCGAGUGUCAUUGUUUUGUUGAGAUGAAUGAUUGGCUUUGUGUACACUCUUCCAAUAUUUAGCUUCUUUCACACUGGAAACUGACAUAAAGGAGUCCAUCACCAUUGACUAGACUGUUGUUUAUAAACACUAAAAUGCUUCAGCACUGUUUGGUAAACAGCACCAUGGACGGGGCCGAAAACAGCACCAUGGACAGGGCCGAAUGAUAAUGAUUAAAAAAAAUGAAUGUGUUCAUUAUUAAUCACAUUUUAUGCAAAUGCAUUAAUUGGGGAAAUAAGGGUGAUUAUUUCAUUAAAAAAAUAUAUAUACAGUUCCAAGUUUUUGUAUGUAUAUUUUUUGCAUGUUUGUUGCGAGCGGUGGCCCGUCCCAAAUGCGCCACUUUGCUAACUUUGUCCCAGGCUGCGCCGCUAGACUUUUUCUUCCACCUCCUAUUUGCUCCAAAUGCUGCUACUAUAUGGGAAGCAUCAAGCUAAGAUGUGAUGAUGUAUUCAUGUAGUGCUUUGAAUUUCA